AUGGCACGGCCGCUGCUGAAGUUCCAGCGUUACCUGCGCAGAAGGCCUCUGCGCCUCCUCUUCCUCCUUCUCCUCUACCUCACGGCCGGGGGCUGCCUGCUCUUCAUUCAGGCGGGCUUCACGGGUGGGGCUGUGGGCAGUGGACGGACAGGAGUGGGCGGCGAUUCAGAUGGGCAGAAUCUGGGGUCAACUGGGAUGGUCGUUAGGGACACCCGUGGGAAUCUCAGGAGAUUUGCCCCACCCUGGCUGAUCCCUGCCCUCCAGACCCCCUCAGGUAGAGCAAGAGGCGGAAAUACCACCAGCAUCCGGAGCCGUGCCCUCAAGAGCCGAAACGGAAGGGAUUCUGAGGGCAGGGCGCAGUACGUUGGAUGCUAUGUUGAUGACACCCAGAAGAGGGCACUACGUGGAACCGCCUUCCUCGACUACAGGAAGAUGACAGUGUUCCGUUGCCAAGACAACUGUGCUGAAAGAGGCUAUGCGUAUGCAGGUCUGGAGUUUGGGGCAGAGUGUUACUGUGGGCACAGAAUCCAGGGUUGGAAUGCCAGUGAUGGGGAUUGUAAUAUGACUUGUAAGGGGGAUAGGAGCAUCAUAUGUGGGGGACCCAACCGCCUCUCCAUCUACAGACUGGAGCUGAGCCAGGAGACCUCCAUGCACUAUGGAAGUGCUAUCUUCAAAGGGUGCUUCAGGAAGCCAGACAACGAAACCCAUGCUCUCCCCAUCAGCAUAGCCAUGCAGAACAUGACUGUGGACAAGUGUGUAGACCUCUGUACAGAGAAGGAGUGCCCCCUGGCUGUUCUAGGCGGUCAGCGCUGUCUCUGUGGGGUUCCCACCCCCCACUUCUCCCUACACGAGCAUGAGGACGAGCAGCUGUGCCAACAGCGUUGCCCUGGAGAUGAACUCCAGACCUGCAGCAACAACCAGUACUUCCUGGUGUACCAGACGCAGGUUCAAGACACCCGCUGCUUGGACCGGCAGUUCGUUAUGACUGGACCAAGGCGGCUAAUUGCCCUGGCCAGCUUUCCUGGGGCGGGGAACACCUGGGCACGCCACCUUAUUGAGCUGGCCACUGGAUUCUACACUGGCAGCUACUACUUUGAUGGUUCCCUCUACAACAAAGGUUUUAAAGGAGAGCAGGAUGACUGGCGAAGUGGCAGAACCAUCUGCAUUAAGACGCACGAGAGCGGCAGGAAAGAGAUCGAGGCCUUUCAUUCCAGCAUCCUCCUCAUCCGCAACCCCUACAGAGCCCUCAUGGCCGAGUUCAACCGCAAGUACGGCGGCCAUGUCGGCUUUGCCUCUCAGACACACUGGACUGGGAAAGAGUGGCCAGAAUUUGUACAGAACUAUGCCCCUUGGUGGGCAUCCCACACUCUGGACUGGCUGCGGUUUGGGAGGAAGGUGCACGUUGUGCAUUUUGAAGAGCUGAAGAGGAACCUGUUCUCACAGCUGCGGGACAUGGUGCUGGCUCUGGGGGUGCAGGCAUUGGAGGAGCGGCUGCUGUGUGCUGAGGGACAACGUGACGGAAACUUCAAACGCUCCAGCCUGCGAAAGCUGGAGCAUGACCCCUACACCCCCAGCAUGAGGGCCACUAUUGAUGACCUCAUCAGGACCGUGGAUGGAGCCCUGAGGAAGAGGGGGCUGUCGGGUGUGCCCCAGGAGUACCGCCCAAGAUGA